AUGGGCGCAGCCGACCCGACAUACCCUCUAUUUCCUGUAGCGAGCAUCAUCGCAUCUUUGCUCCUACUCCUUGUGCUGCUAUCGAGCUUUGUGCGCCAGCACUGGAAUCUGGGUGUCGUCUUCCUUUGCUUUUGGCUCUUUUUCGAGAACUUGACCAACUCCAUCAACGCUAUCAUAUGGUCCGAUAAUUUUGACGUGAGAUUGUACGUCUACUGCGACAUAGUCUCCCAUUUGCAGAUGAUAGCAUUUGUGGCAAAACCGAUGUCAACGCUCUUGAUCACACGUCGUCUGUACUUGAUUGCGCGCCCGCGGCUCAUAUUGUGGGAUAGACUAUUCGAGUGGACUCUAGGCCUCGUCAUCCCUGUACUUGUCGCUGGACCCAUAUAUUACGUGUCCCAAAGUGCACGAUUUGCGGUCAACGAGGGGUUUGGCUGCUCUGAAUCGGUGGCACUAUCUGCUGUAUCACUCAUAAGUUUGAGAUCCUGGGGUACUCUCCCACCUCUUCUGUCAUUGGCUCUCUAUCACACGAUGCUCUUAUACAAACAACGUCGGGAGCUGGGUCGUUUUCUAGGCUGCGAUGCUAUCAUGCCCCUCCCCAUCUACUUCCGUUUUCUCGCUAUCGCCACUCUUGAUAUUCUCAUGUCGUUGUCAGUCAACGUCACCAACGAUAUCAUUAUCCUCGUACAGUAUCUCGGUGGUUCUGAGAACGUCCUUUUCUAUCCCGGUUGGCAUGCGAUUCAUGACAGUCCUUGGCAUCCUACCGGAACGUCAUGGAAGGAGAUGGAGGCUGGUGGCUCGUUAUCUAUGGCACAAACUAUUUACACUCAGUGGACCUCACCUAUCCUGUCCUUUGCCGUAUUCGGGUGCUUCGGCCUGACGCGCGGCGCCCGCGCGUCGUACUGGACCGUCUUCUGGAUCAUUACCGGAUGGUUCGGCUGGAACCCUACUCGGUCUGCCAGACGCCGCGGAGCAAACCAAUCGGUCUCAAGUUCGUUCCGAUUCAAUCGCAAUACCAUGCCACAGGACAUCUCGCUUGCUAGCUGUGAGACCAGAUCUCUACCGAGGGUUGUUGAUAUUGCUCCCUCCCUCUCAGGUACAAGUACUGAGAGCAGGACCUUGGAUUCAGACGUGUCGUCUGAAGCAACCCAACUCAAGGGCCCCGCACGUUUUUCCGACGCAAACACCGAGGAUAGAAAACGAAGGUCUUCCGACCUAAGUACAACGUCGGUAGACCUCGGGGAGGUGCCGCACGGUGAUCACGAUGCGGCGUCGGCUGUGUGA